AUGGAGAGAAUCGAUAUUCACGCCCACUGUGUGCCGCCCUCGUAUCGCAAGUAUUGUCUGCAGAGUGACUUCGCGGGAAAAGGCCAUCCCGAUGGAAUGCCCGCAAUUCCAGAAUGGAGCGCGUCUGCCCAUAUCAACUUUAUGAAGCAGCUCAACAUCCAGAAAUCGGUGUUAAGCAUGUCAUCACCAGCAACCCACUUGACACCAGGGAAUGAUGAAGAAGGUCGAUCAGUAACCCGCCGCGCCAACAAUGACAUGUCUAAAAUCUGUGCCGAUCACCCUGGCCACUUCCUUUUUUUUGCUUCUCUCCCACUUCCCGACGUUGAAGGCGCCCUCAUGGAGAUUGACUAUGCACUAGACCAUCUUGGCGCAGUAGGAUUCCAAAUCUUGACCAAUUCGCAUGGUAUCUACCCGGGCGAUGCGCGUUUCAGUCGCGUUUUUGACAAGCUGAGCGAGCGCAAGACAAUUGCCUUCUUCCAUCCGACCACAUGUCUUGUCCGAACGGACAAUGCCUUGAAUAAGGUUACCCCUCUCCCUGGCGUCCCUGCUCCCUUGAUGGAGUUUAUGUUCGAUUCGACUCGGUCGCUGAUGAGCCUUCUCACCUCCGGGACGGUUGAACGAUGUCCUGGGAUCACUUUCUUAGCCUGCCAUUGUGGUGCGACCUUUCCUCCGAUUAUGGAAAGGAUUGCUGAGUUCUCUCCCAUGUUUGGUUGUGGAAUCAGCGGGGAGAAAAUCAAGCAGCUACUACAAUCGCGUUUCUAUUUUGAUCUUGCGGGCGUGCCCUUUCCGGAUCAAAUCCACGGCCUUCUUCGGCUAGUUGAUUCGACGAGAUUGUUGUAUGGGAGUGACUAUCCGUAUACCUCUGCAGCGCUAUCCGAGUCGUUGGCCCAUAGAGUGGAUCAUGGGCUAGAGGGUCUUUUUGGAUCAGAGGUUGUCCGGCAGAUUUUGUUGGAAAAUGCUCGAGGCCUUCUUGGACAAACCUAUGAGUAA